AGUCGACUGUGGAAUUUACUGAGGAAAAAGAAGACAUUAGCUAGCUGCUAACAGUAAAAUACACUAACAUUUCAUCUGAAUACAGCCAAGAAACGAAGGCGACUGAACAAUGACACACAUUAAGUUUCUCUGCAGGGGUAAGUGAGGUGUAUCGUACCCCGUCCUAGGAUGGACAGUUAUUUUAAGGCUGCUGUGUGCGACCUGGACAAGCUUUUGGAUGACUUUGAGCUCAACGCAGAGGAGCUUGAGAACAAGCCCGCCACUUUUGCAAGCGCUCCUUGUCCGGACUCCACGAUCAUCCCUGGUCACCAUUUGGACCUUCAGAGCUUCAUACCAGAGCAACACACAGUUACACAAACACUCCCAGAUGUCAAUGCCCUGCACUAUGGACUUACAUCACAAAGUAUUACUUUAAACCAAAAAGAUUCUUAUUCAAAUGAACGGCCGCUCACAGGUGUGGAUCUUCUGUCCUCUGUCGAUAGCAGAGGCAUCAAAAGUUCAGCUCCGCCUUGUCCGGACCGGUCGCUGAAGCCUGUGUGUGACCUGGUGAAUGAUACGGGUUCUGCAAACCUCCAGCAGGCUGACAGUCAGGAGGACUUUAAAGAGCUGGAUGUUCCUGAGAAACAAACUAAUGAGGUGCUGCUAGUGGACUUCGAGAGUCCUGUAGUAUCUAGUCCAGAAGAUGCUUCUAACGCCGGUGAAUUACCAAAUCUUGACUCUGAGGUUAACUAUAACUCAUUCAGCCUGCUGGAUGUCAUAUUACCGGCCGUUGGUGACCCUCAUGGUUCAAGUAGCAUCACACCUUUGGAGUGCAAUCAGAUUGAAAGUUCUUGUCCUGAAGACUCAAACGCCAAUGAUCAGAACAAUUCUCCAUGCGAAGUCUCAGUGAACGAGGACGAUGUUAGUAAUUCAGAUCCUCAUGCUACAGAUGAAGCUAUUUCAGCAACCAAAGAAGAGCAUGCUGUAUCGCUCCAGCCGGACUCAACAGAUACCCAACUGUCUGAAGAUCUCAGUGUUAAAACUCCAGAGGAUUCAGCUGGAAGUCCCUCCUUGGAGAAGGAACCUUCUCUCUCUUGCUUGCCAAUGGCCGUAUCUAUGUGUGGAUCCCUUGUGGCGUCUUUAGACCCACAGACAGCAGUGAUUGAAACCAAAGAUGAGGCUGAACUGGAAAAAAAUUCAGCGAUUCAAGAGGCUGAAGAGUUCAUUCUUCCGUUAGAAGAACCCACAACACCGUUCUCCUCCAAUAGGCCUGAUUCCUCACCUGAAGAUGAACCUGAGCUAGUCCAAAUCAUGUCGAACACAGAAAGGGCAACUGCUGUCUCGGGCCAUUACCCUGAAAGAAACUUUAAGCGCAACUUGUCGCCAACAGAGAAAGAGUUGUGUGAAAGCAACCCAUCUCCGCCCUAUUCAGAAAGCCCAAAUUUUUCCUAUGAGUUCAGUAUCGCCAACGAUUACCUUCCUGAAAGCGACCAGACCGUUAUGAUGGUUACGGACGAGGAGCUGGACGCCUUUCUGAUGGGUCAGGAUGUGAAAAUCAAUUCCGACGCAGGCGCAGACAAAUUCGUAGAUGACAGCUUUUCAGAAUUUAACGGAAACGUGGAAGGCUUUUUAGAUGAGGAGCUGCAGAGCUGUAAAGUCGAGACGUUUGCUUCUCCUGAGAGUGAUGGUUCACUUCAAUAUCUGGAGGAGAGCGAAGGUUCUAGCGUUUCUUCUUCAUCUCAGGACAGCAGCCCGCUGAGGACAGACUCCACACAAACUAUUAUCCAUGAGAAUGCAACCAGCCCUGUUGAGAUUCAGUCAGUUUGUGCCCCCAACCAAGAGUCAAAUUACGGCGGGGCGAGACCAAAGCAGUUAUCCAACCAAACCGCACGGCCUCCAUCUGAAAGACACCGGACCGGCCAUGCUGAACCCAAUGUAGCAGGCCUUUCUGCAGAGCAUGACUCGCAAAUUUCUCCCAACCAAGAUGAAAAUAACUGUGAAUAUAACUAUUCUUAUCAGCAAUAUGAUGCCAGUUAUGGCCAUGAUGAGCUUUCCGAGCCUCCACCAUACCCAGGAGAGAGUCCUGAUCCACCAGCACACGAGGUCGAGGGUCUGGGGUCAAAGCAGCCUCCUUGGGUGCCAGACUCCGAGGCUCCUAACUGCAUGAAUUGUGAGCAAAAGUUUACCUUUACCAAGAGGAGACACCAUUGCAGAGCAUGUGGGAAGGUGUACUGUGCUAACUGCUGCAACCGCAAAUGCAGACUGAAAUAUCUGGACAAAGAAGCCAGGGUUUGUGUCAUCUGCCAUGUUACCAUACAGAGAGGUGAGUGCUAGACCACUUUAAUAUACUCUGUGGCUGGCUU